AUGGACUAUUUCCGAAAGGUGAACGGGGUGUCACGGAAUGCAGCCAAAGUCGACGAAGCGUCUUUGCGAACGGAGUCGAGAAAGAUGGCCUCCUCGAAGCAAGAAUCCGGCAACCCGACUCCGAUUGCCACGUGCGGACUCUUUGUGGCCUUUGGAACACUGGCCUGUCAGCUCCUCUUCGCCCAGAACACCGUCAACAUCGAUUCAGCAGCCAUACCGGCCCAUCUCUUUUUCGGAGGGUUCAUGAUUACCUUGGGGGGUGCACUCGAGCUCUGCCUCGGUCACUAUAUCCCAGCGAUGGCCUUGGUUUCCUUAGGCCUCUUCUGCUUCCCCUUCAACAAGACUCUGUUGCCAGCCUUCUCGACUGCCACACAAGGCAUGGUGACCGACGGUGCGGUUUCUCCAACCAUGGAGAUUAGCACCCGGUUUGAAACUUCGGCUCUCAUCUUGGGCAUGAUUCUCCUCGUAUACCUCGUAUCCUCCUUCCGAACGAACGUCGCUCUGGUCUUGACAAUCUUCUCCCUCGACCUCGGUAUCGUCCUAACUACAAGUGCAUACUGGUUAUAUGGUGGUCAUGCUGUUGGCGAAUUGGAAGUUGGCAAAAAGAUGCUUUUUGUGGGUGUCAACAAAAGAGGCUGGAGUCUGUUUUAUUGUCGCGUCCGCGUGCAGCUGCUGGAUUUUAUUCUCGACUUUGCUGGAAGCGGUAGACUUUCCCCUGUCUUUGCCUGUCGGGGAUCUGGGUGGAAGGAAGAUUCGCUUAAAGACUAA